GCUCCAUCAGUCAAAUUGCAGCAUUUUCGAUAUAUCUCUCCCAACUCACUCUACUCCCCUCGAACUCCCUCGACUUAAAGGUUCAUGACUAGGAAAGAUGGCUUGUCGCCAUCCUUGGUGGAGACCGUAGCGGGUUUCACGGCAGGUAUAGUUUCGACACUCUGCCUACAUCCGCUGGAUUUAAUCAAGACCCGACUACAAGUCGAUCGAUCCCCAUCCUCCUCGCGGGUCGGUGGUUCUCUCCGAGUAAUCCGCCAGAUCUUCCACAAUGAAGGCGGACUCGCCGCAUUCUACCGCGGGUUGACACCCAACAUCAUCGGAAACUCCUCCAGCUGGGCAUUGUAUUUCCUCUGCUACAGCAAUAUCAAAGAUGCCAUACGGGAUCUGCGCGGUCAUCCGGACCAUCAUCUUACAUCUUCCGAUUACUUCAUAGCCUCUGGAUCCGCAGGCAUUCUAACAUCAAUCCUCACAAACCCAAUCUGGGUAUUAAAAACCCGAAUGCUAUCCACUGGCUCCAACACCCCCGGCGCAUACACCUCCUUUACCACGGGAGCUGCCCAAAUCCUGCGCUCAGAGGGUAUCCCCGGCUUCUACCGAGGUCUUCUCCCCUCGUUAUUCGGUGUUAGCCACGGGGCGCUCCAAUUCAUGGCAUACGAGAAAUUAAAACUCCAAUUCCAACUAUUCCGACGCCAUCAUUCUGCUGCCGCCGCCGUCACACCUGGGGAGCAGAAGCAGAGUCGGCAACUCGGAAACCUGGAUUUCUUCAUUACCUCUAGCAUUUCGAAGAUCUUUGCGGGAUCGAUCACAUAUCCGUACCAAGUGCUGCGGGCGCGGCUGCAGACGUAUGAUGCGCAUCUUGUAUACCGCGGGAUCGGGGAUGCAGUCGUGCAAAUUUGGAAGAAGGAGGGCGUAGCUGGAUUUUAUAAGGGGUUGGGACCGAACUUGUUCAGGGUUCUCCCGAGUACGUGGGUGACGUUCCUGGUGUAUGAAAAUACCAAGAUGUAUCUACCAAAACUAGUGAAGGGUGACUGAUUGGUAAUGG